AGGUAAGUGUGUCAAUUCAGUGAAAAAAAUGAACGGUGCUACAGUAUGUCUUGUUAUCGGUUUGUUUGGGAGUACCCUGGCCAUCCAGUACCAGAUAAAGAACAAUGCCGGGGGUGAGAUAUGGGUGGGCAUCCAGGGUAAUCCAGGACAUCCACACUUAAACAAUGGGGGUUUUAAACUUUCCCAGAACCAGCAGAAAACUGUAAAUGCUCCUGACGACUGGGCAGGGCGUUUCUGGGCCAGGACUUGGUGCGAUGGGGGUAGCAAUCAUUGUUUAACCGGUGAUUGUGGCAACAAACUUGAAUGCAACGGUGCUGGGGGUAACCCUCCAGCAACUCUACUCGAGAUUACACAGAAAGGAAACGCUGGACUCGACUAUUACGACGUCUCCCUGGUCGAUGGUUUCAAUCUGAAGGCUUCUAUGACCCCUCAAGGUGGACAGGGAGACGGCAGUCAGUACAGCUGCAAGAAGGCGGGCUGCGACACUGACAUCAAUCAGAAAUGUCCAGGGGAGCUGCAACUCAAGAACGGACAAGGGCAAGUUAUUGGUUGCAAGUCCGCCUGUUUGGCAUUCAACACCGACGAGUACUGCUGUAGGGGUGCCCACGACAGACCAGAAACCUGCAAAGCGUCGGACUGGCCGAAGAACUAUCCCCAACAGUUCAAGGAACUGUGUCCAGACGCAUACAGCUACGCCUACGAUGAUCACAAGAGUACAUUCACUUGUAAAAAUGUUCCUGUUUAUUCGAUCACUUUUGGUUAGAAAAGCAUGGAAAUAGUUUGGAAUAUAAAUGAAAUUUUACAGUCUUUGUUUAAUUUUUUCAUGAGUAGGUGUGAUUUAUAGAUGUAGGUGCAUGAUUUAUACUUUAAUAUGAUAACACAAAUAUGAAAACAAUAUGAAAUAUUCGUUCGA